ACGUAAUUUCUUUGCAUUGGCUUUUUGUUUCUUAUAAAUACAGAAAUUACUAUAAAACAUUUGAUUAGAAUCAUAUUUGACUUUCUUCAGUUGACAAGCGCAAGCCGAUCGGGGAAUUUGAGAGGAAUCACAGAAAUAACAACAACAAUGAUGAAAUGUCUUCUUCCCCUAACUGUAAUAAUUUUGCUGGUGCGGGUGGAUGAUCUAGUUGCCGAUGUUGCGGAACUGAAUUCGAGAUAUCAACAACCUGCCGUUGUCAUAGAUAUUCCGGACUUUACGGCCACGACAUCAGAACACAAUGGCUAUGAUUAUUCACCGCCUUCGUUACGUUUGGAAUUGCCAAUUCGUAAGCCGAACAGCAAUAAGCUGUCAUCGAAUAGUUACAGCUACGCUCCACCCGAGGCGGAUACCACCACUUUGUAUAUACCUCCUGCCAGUACUGAUCAAACAGCUACCGUCGAUGAGGUGAAACCAAUGCCAGUACCAAUGUUUUUAAUUAAUACUCAAAAACCGUUAACUGCUGCACAACAACACCAUCAAUUUAAACAAGAACAAGAAUCACAACAUCAAACACAACAACAACAACAGCCGCUGCUAACAUCUUCUUCAUUCAACGACAAUGCAUUCUUGAAUUCCAUACCCCAAGGUCCAAUUAAGUAUAAUGCGAAUUAUGAAUCGCCGCUUAUGCCAUUUAUGCCAAUGCGAUUACACACAAACAUAUUCCUGAAUAAUAUUUUCAUACCACCGGCAACGGCAAGUGUCUACGACAGAACCGGUCACUUGGAAUCAGAUGGUUAUCAUUAUUAAAACAAUUAACGACAAUGG